CCUUUGUUGAAGUGGAACACAUGGGCAUCCUAGUGACCAUGGUGUGAGAAACUCGACUCCUGGCACUAUUAUGUAACUCUGAAUUUAAUACAUUGUCAGGUAGUACCUGUUGAGUUAGUUUUUGCAUGUCUUUUACUUUGUAGAGAUGUCCAUGCUCUUUGCUUUCAGCAGGGAUUAUCUGAAAGGGUGAAAAGUAUUUCCAGUACCUAAGGUGGGACAAGUGGGUUGGUUUUCAUUUCAGGAGAAUAGACUCAAGGAAGCUGAUCUGAUAUGGUUGGCUUGCUCAUAAAAUGCAGAAAACACAAAAGGAUAAGCCCAAAGCUAAAUAAGGUUUACUCCGCCCUCAAAAUGCCUUCUUUAAAGGCCUUUGCUGUCCUAGCGACCCAGCAGUAGCUCACAACGAAGACGGCGAAGAUGACUGAGAAAAAGUUUGUCGAGGAAAUAGAGAAAGCUCUGGAAAAGUCCAAAGGCCUUAGCAUCCAUGAGCUUCUCUUUACCUACCAGGGAAUCCUCUACCCGUCUUCUGUCUGCAGUGCAGAAACAUUCCAAGCUCUGGAGAACUUCGAAGCCAGAAAAGAUGACGUGGUGUUGGUGUCUUAUCCCAAAUGUGGUAUUAAUUGGCUCAUUCUGAUUGUGAAUGAUCUGAUCGUUACCACUUUGAAAACCAAGCACGAGAACACAGAGCUACCUUUCAUUGAGUGUGGGGAUCCAGAAAGGUAUCAGAGGAUGAAACAGUUCCCAUCUCCAAGGAUUGUAGCUACACACCUCCACUACGACCUUCUUCCCAAGUCCAUCUUGAAAAAUAAAGCCAAGGUACUGCUGCUAUUUCGAAAUCCUAAAGAUACGGCUGCAUCAUUUUUCCAUUUUCACAACAAUGCUCCAAGCAUUCCCAGUUAUAACUCCUGGGAGGAAUUUUUUUCACUUUUUAUGAAUGGGCAAGUUGCCUGGGGAAGCUAUUUUGACCAUGCAGUCGUGUGGAACAAACAUAUAGAUGAUGAAAAUGUUCUGGUUCUAACAUAUGAGCAAUUAAAAGAGGACCUGGUUGCUGGAGUGAAGCAAAUAGCUGAAUUCUUUGGCUUUACUGCUACUGCGGAGCAAAUUCAGGCUAUUGCAAACAGGACUGCGUUCCAAGCAGUGAGGGACAAAUCACAGGAGACACAUGGAGCGGUUGGCCCACUGAUCUUCCGGAAAGGUGUGGUUGGUGACUGGAAGAACACUUUUGAUGAAGCUCAGAGCCAGAAAGUGGAUGCUAAAUUCAAGGAGUGUUUAGAAGGAACCAAGCUGGGAGCAAAGCUGAAGUACGAUGUGUACUGCAAAACCUGAAAAGAGCUUCUUAUGAAAUGCUUCGUUCUCAUGACAGUUUUGUUUGCUAUUAUAUAUUCAAGAAAAGCUACAAGCAGAGCACACAAUCAUUUGAGGCAAAUUUUAGAUACUGUCACACUCUAGUGUCGAACUUCUAAGAUACAUUUUCAUUAAGCUGGAUCUUUUCAUGCUGCUUAAUAGAACACAGGGCAACCUAUUUCUCCCAAACCGUAUUGGCAAGCUGCUACUUUUAUGUUUCUAAGAAGUAGGGGAAGGUGACAUGGACAUGCGAUUGCCAGGUGCCAACCUGGGGAACUUGUCAGUCUCUUUCAAAGCUCUGAAGGAGCAGCAAAAGAUGCAGUGAUUGUGUGUCUAGUGCCAUUGCUGCGCAGGUUUCUUUUACCCACCUGCAUUUGUAGCUGAAGGCAGAGGUGGACAAUGGACAGAUGGAACUAUGGAGGCGUGGGGCAAUCGGUACUGCAUCUGGAUCUUUUACUGUUCCCCAGACCUCUUAAAGCAGGCAUGAGGAACUCCAGAUGGUGUUAAACUACAGUUCCCAUCAUCCUUGGCCAUGCUCAUGCUGGUUGGGGCUGAUGGAGUCCAGCUACAUCUGGAUGGCCCCAACUUCCUCAUCCCUGCUUCAGACAGACUGCUGGGACACUAAGUUGGCUGUGGGAAGUCCUACACAAGGCUAAUAAUAAUAAUAAUAAUAAUAAUAAUAAUAAUAAUAAUAUCAUCCCUCCCUUUACACCUUGGGGCAUCACAGUGAUAUGGUGAAACACAUUGCUGUAGCCUCUAAAGAAAGUGGGACUUUGCACUCUUCAUAGUUUGAAUAGUAGGUGCUGAGCAGUGCUGUUUGGGAUCAGGCACGCAUAUGUUUCCUGUUCCACUUAUUUAGGCUUUCUAAGUUUUUUGUGGCAAGGUCACUCCUGUGACUUCAACAACUGAGAGAAAUUCAGCAAGUGAAGCUUUUCCCAGCAUGUAGAUGUAGUGAUGGAAAAAGCUUCAUGCCAUGUUACUCUGUGAUGUAAUAACUUGAACAGAAUUCCAGAUGGCUGAGGCCCUGCUCCAAACCAAUUUUAAGGAUGAGAAGGCCGUUGAAGACUAGAUUGUCUCCAGUGCUGUGUCAGUGGGGUUCUGCUGGCACAACGGGACUUUCCUCCCUCCAUGCACCCCAAAAUCCACUCUGGGGGAUUCCCCAACUGAUUUUGAGGGUGUGAGGAGAACUGGAGGGAACAGGAGAGGAAGAAGUUGCACUGCACUCACAGAAGUCCCUUGUGUCAGCAGAGCUGCAGGGUUGGAUAUGGCCCUCAGUUUUAUGUUUUCUAAUUUGGGGAAAUUAUAUUUUUGAUAAGUCAAUCUGGAUUCACAUAACAAACCCCAUAACAAAAGGAUCAUUGAACUCCAUUAAAAUCUUUAAGGAAGUGAUCUUUAUAAUGGCUUUAAGCCCCUUUUCAUAGCAAAGCAGCAUGUUGCAUUAGGCUUCCAGACAGAGCACAUUAGCAGAAGCAGAUGUCGAAAUUAUUCCAACACUGAUGAAAUAAUUUGAAAUUUACUCAUUACAUCAAGAUGAUUCUUCCCCCUCCCCCUCCUGUUGACAUUUAUUUCCUUCAACUAUGAACUUCAUUAAUAAACUCUUGUUUGUUA